AUGCUCAGCGGUGGCGUUAGCGGCGUGGCAGCUCGCGUCUGCACCCAUCCCUUUGACACAAUCAAGUCGCGGCAGCAGGUGGCGGGAAGCCUGGACGGCGGUGUGCGCCGCCUCGCGCGCGCCUCCAUGCCAACGGCUCUGCUCUCUGUGCUCCGCGACGAGGGCGUCGCGGGCCUGUAUCGAGGCUUUGGCGCAGUCGCGUUCGGCGUCCCGUUUGCUAGCGCCUUUUACUUUGGAGGGUACGAGUGGAGCAAGGCUCUCCUCGGCGAGGGCACCGCAGCGUACAUCUGCGCGGGACUGCUCGGCCAGAGUGCGGCCGGCCUGGUGUACACUCCGGUGGACGUCAUCAAGGAGCGGCUGCAGGUUCAGAGCCUGGUGGGGAGGCAGGGCUACCGGUACGCCUCGGCACUCGACGGGCUGCGGAGCGUCGUGCGCGCCGAGGGCGCGGCGGGGCUGAUGCGCGGGUACUGGGCCAACAACGCAACGUGGUGGCCGUGGAACGUGGCCUACUUCCUCGCGUACGAGCACGGGCGCGACCUCGUGGCGCGUCACGCGGGCGUCGCCGACAAGGCGCAGCUUCCGCCCGCGACCUCGUCCGCGUGCGCCUGCGCCGCCGCCGCUGCGGCGACGCUGCUCACCUCGCCCGCGGACCUCGUCAAGACGCGGCUGCAGACGGCGGUCGGAGAGAGGCGCGGUGCGGCGGCGAUCGCGGCGGACCUGUACCGCGCCGAAGGUGCGCGCGCCUUUUUUGCGGGGGCGCCGGCUCGCGUGCUCGCCAUCGCGCCCGGGAGUGCCAUCUCCUUCUUCCUCUACGAGGUCGCCAAGCGGCUCGCGGCCCCCACUUGCACUGGCGAGCUCCCGCAGCUGGAGAGGAUGAAGCGAGCGCGGUCGGAAGUCUGA